UACAAACGGAGCGCUCUCGUCGGCGUCUGUUGGCAAUCCGCCGUUAUCCAUCCUGUUUGAAUAUAAAUAUUGUCUUGCUACACGGAGCCGAGUCAUCUUCUCACAUCGCGUGUUUUCCCGUCGCCGCCGACUGGAGGUUCGUUCGCAUUGUCCGCCGGCGACGUUUUGACGAUGAUCACGGAUACGGAAAUUGUUCCGGUCGCCGAGAAAACAAUGAAUACUGUGGAUACGUCUGAUGCAUUGGAUUUGACUAAAGAAAAUAUUAGACCACUACGACAAGGUAGAAAACCUAUUCAGUUAGAAACUGCUUUACAAGCACAAUCUAAUAUGGAAAUUCAACAAAAGUUAAAUAAAGAGAAAGAAAAAUAUGAACAUGCUAUUCGUACAUAUGAAGGUGAUGAUCCUUUAGCUCCACAUUUUGAGUAUAUGAAGUGGCUGGAACAAAUAUAUUUAAAACAUGGACCAGAGAGCAAUUUGUUUCCUCUUAUUGAAGAAACUGUACAAAAAUUCAAAAAUGAUGCAAGAUACAAACAGGAUCCAAGAUUUAUUACAAUUCUAAUUAAUUUUAUUGAAAACCAAUCAAAUGCUAUUGAGCUAUAUCAAACUGUUUACAACCAAGGUAUAGGUACAAUGUGUGCUUUAUUUUAUCGUGCAUGGGCAGAGCUAUUGGAUAGAUACAAUGAUUUUAAACGUGUGGAUCAAAUAUUUUUGUUGGGAAUUAAAGCUAAUGCUGAACCAGUUGCAGAACUUGAACAAGCUCAUCUCCAAUUCCAAUUAAGUGUCGCCAGACGAAUGAUUAAUGGACAGUUAACAAAUGAUGACGAUAAAAACCAAGAACCUGAAAAAAGACAAGCAUUUAAUGUAUUAAAAAAGUCUGAAACGCACAGUGGUGUCAGACAUGGUUUUGGUGGAGUUAUUGGAAAAGUACCACAAAUAAACAAUGUCAAUGGAAAAACCACUGUACUAAGGAUUUUUGAAGAUAAUGAUGAAAAUGGAUUACAUGGAAUUGCAACUAGCAAUUGUGAUCUUGCUCAGAAAGGACUAAAUAAAGAAAAUACAAUAAAACCCGGACCAUGGACUAAACCUAAAAAGACUCGCUCGAAAGCUCCUAAACCUGUAUCAACUGUUGACUUUGAAGUGCACCAGGAUAAUAAUUUGGAAUGUGUAACAAAAUUAUCUGGUAUAACUGUUCCUAAUGCGUUACGUAGCAUUAAAGGAAAUACUAAUAUUUCCUGUCCAGUCGCUGUAUUCGAACCUCCAGAUCCUACUAAAAGACCAAUGUAUUGUAAAGAAAAGGUGUAUGCGGCUGGUAGGGAUGUGCAACUUGAAGAAAUCAGGUACGAGAUCUACUUAAAACAAGAAAAAGAAAAGCAAUCGUUAAAAGAUAAACAACAAUCACAUUGUCCAGCAAAAUCGCAACCAAAAGAAAAAAUUGUGAAACCUUUGAAAAAAGUUAUUCUGUCAGAAGAUAAUGAUGAAUUUAAGGUUCCACUUCCACUGCGUAACAAUGAGCCUGACCCUUUAAGUCAAUCUGUCACUGUCAACACUCGAGUUGCAAUUGAUUUAGUUCAACAAAUGUGGAAUAGUCCAUGUGCAGAUAAAGAUGAAGAGCCAGAAUUAAUUUUAAGAGAUCGAAAACCAAUUUUGUUUGAUGCAUUUGAAGAAGUUGACAAUAACAUCAAGCCUCUUCCAUCAGAUUUUAUGGUUUAUGAAGAUGACAAAACACCAGUUGAUGACAAAGUCUUUCAAAUACAACAAAAAGAUAAAGUUAAAAAUCCAGGGCAUUUUUAUGUUUAUACAGAUGACGACAAUAAAGCAAAAUCUCAUAAAGAACCUACUGUAUUUGUUGAUCACAAUGAUGAAAAUCAAGUAGAAAAUAAUGAAUUUCAAGUGUACAUUGAUAAAAAUGAUGAAAAUGAUGAAAAUAAUAGAAAAGAUUUUAAAAUACCAGACGUUUAUGUUGAUAAUGAUGAAAAUGUAUUUAGUAAAAAAAGUUCUAAAGUAAAUCAAUUCAUGGGUCAAAAAGAAAGUAGUAUUAUCAAAGGUGGUUCAAAAAUUGAAUUAAAAAAUGAUAAAAACUUUAAACUGCCUAAUAAAAUUCAAAAUUAUGAUGUUUAUGAGGAUGAAAGUUAUGAUACCAAAAAUACUGAAAAACAAGUUAACAUAACUAAAGACAAUUCAAUUAAUCCAAGUAAUGAAGGCAAAUCUCCUCUCAAAAAAAUUCAAAGUAUUGAAGUAAAUGAUGAUGACAUAACUUGCUCAACAAAAGCUUUUGCUUUUCUUUUGUCUAGUUCAACGCCAUUGGCCCCAGGAAGAACCAAACCUAAUACUGUCAUUGAAAAUCAACAAAAACCACUAACGCAAGUUGAGCAUAAUAAAAACAACGAAACUGAAGAAUUUCAACUGGGAAAAAAUUUGAGCAUGAUAUUGGAAGCAUCUAAAGAACGUAAUAGUAGCACUUCAUCUGGAGUUAUUUCUUCAUCGGUUACAAAAGUAGAACAGCAAUCUUCAAUUCAUUUUGGUGAUUCCAUUAAUCCUUUUGAUGAUGAAUUAAUAACCAAAUUAUUACAAAAAGUAAUUAAAUUUCCUAAUGAACAUCAUAAAUCUGGUUAUGUAGAACAGGAAUCAGACUUGCCAAGUAUGCGAUCAGAAUUCAAAUUGGGUCAUAAUAAAAUGUUGCUUAUCAAUGAAAUUGGUAAAGGAUCAUACGCACGUGUGGUGAAAGUUAGACCAGAUGGUGAAAAUACUAUAGCAAGAGCGCUUAAAAUUCAAAAACCAGCUUGUGCUUGGGAAUGGUAUAUAAGUAAAGAAAUACAACAUCGCCUUAAAGAUUCUGAAAAAGUAUUAUCUUAUUUCAUAAACAUGGAUCAGAUGUAUAUUUUCAAAAAUGGAUCAAUAAUUUCUAUGGAAUUUGCUACUCAUGGGACAUUAUUAUCUAUGAUUCUAGCUUACAAAAUGGCGAUGAACCGGUCGAUCCCUAUAACUGUUGGUGCGCUGCUUAUUUUACAAGUGACAUCAGCACUCAAAUACCUUCACCAAUGUCAAAUAAUUCACGGAGAUUUAAAACCAGAUAAUGUCAUUGUUAAAUCAUUACCUAGUGAAUGUGAUCAACCUUGUGUGCAGUUAAUCGAUUUUGGUCGUAGUAUUGAUAUGACUUUAUUCCCUCCUGAUACUACUUUUACACACACUGUGAAAACUGUUGAUUUUAUUUGCCAUGAAAUGAGAGAAAAAUUGCCUUGGACAUAUCAGACUGAUUAUUUUGGAUUGGCUGGAAUUAUUUACAUGGUUCUCAUGUCAGACUAUAUGAAAACUCAAAAAAUACGUAAAUUAUGGGUGCCAUUGAAACCAUUCCCAAGAUACAUAGACAAGGAACUUUGGGGUAACAUGCUGAACAUGUUGUUGAAUAUAGAAUCAUGCAAGAAGCUACCGAGCUUGGAUGAAAUUAUAAGGAAAUUGAACAAAUAUCUAUCAAUUCAACAAAAAGUGGUAUUGAAACAUAAUUUUACUAGUUUGAAAAAUGCAUUAAAAAAAAAUUAAUGUUUUCAUGUCUACAUAAAUUCAAAUGAAUUUAUUUUUAUAUAUUUGGUUUUUACCGUACUUUUUUUAAGAAUCUCUUAGAUUGUACUCAUUUUUGUAUUGUGUGAUAUUUAUAUUCUUUUGAGUAUUCUUUACAUUAUACUUUAAUUAUUAAUUAUUUA